AUGACUGGUUUCAGUGACAAUAGAGUAUUUGUAUUACACUUUUCACUCAACCAAUACUCUGUCUUGGGUCAAGAAAAGUGUGGUGAUGUCGCCAAAUCACCAUACACUACUCCAUCCUCAGCUCCAACUCAACCACCAGCUGCUGUCAGUACCAGUACCACUGGAUCAACCCCUGCACCAGUAUCUACGACUACUACUACCACCACUACGACUACUGGACCAUCCACAUCUACAUCGGCACCAAAGGUUGCAUUUUCUAGCACUUUAAAGGGAUCAUGGAGUGAGGGAGGAAUCCAAUACACGCAAUGGGACUCCUCAGUCAUCAAUACUGGUACCACUGCCAUUUCACAUUUGAUUAUUACAUCAACCAUGACUCUUAAAGACUCUGCAUCCCUCUGGAGAUUAGAUAUUGUUGCUCCAGGUCAAUACACACCAUCAUUUGUCCAAACUAUUAAUCCAAAUGAAUCUUAUGAUUUCUCUUUUAUCAAGUCUGGUUCAGAUGCUCCAAGUUUUAAUGUUCAAUAA